CAGAGUUUUAUCAAUUUUCUCAACAGUAUGGAGGUGUAUUUUUUUUCUCCUGAAUAUGCAUAUGAAUAUGCUCCUGGUUGGACUUUUUGAUGACAGAGCUUUUCGAUGAUCACAUGGUUUGUGAAAUGACAUGUUUACGUGUUAGUAGAUUAAAUACGGUUAUUGACCACAAAUGAAAUCAAGAGUAAUGAAUCAGUUCUAGUACUUGAAUGGGCCCUGGUCCCAUUUGUUCUGGAAAAGGUGGGCACCGAGAUCGAUACGGUCAAGAACCCCUGGACUAUUCGGCCUGAGGCGUGACAGUGCACACAUUCUAUUUUGGCUCCGUCUUGUAGGUUGGAAUAAUUAACGUCGGUUCAAUGAUGUUUUCUCUGUACCGUUGGUUCCUUUCACACCGACACACCCAGGGUGCAUACGUAUUAGGUUUGGACACCAAUGACGACGCGCCGUGCCGACUCAUGACAAUGAAAUCUGAGAUGAAUAGUUUUAUAGAAUUUCAAUUGUCAUCCUGCUCAGCCUGGAACUCCUUCCAGCAUUUUAUCACCGGAGCACAGAACAAUGUCUCGGCGAAGGUUGCCUGACUGGUUCAAGACGUUAGACCACAUACUAGUCAAAUGAAAUAUAAUAAAUAUCAUUUGUGUGAACGCUGGAUGGGCUGGGCAGGUCUCUUACUCAUUGAUCCAGCUCCGCCCAGUCAUUUAAAAAGCACUUCAUCCAAUACAAUCACAUUUGUGUGGCUUCAUCAACAGCAGGUACGUGGCUUCGAUUCUCCCGCUGCUUUUGAACACAUGGUAUGAUUCUCUGUGAGGCGGUUUGUGAGGUUGAAAUAUUAAAAUACAGAGAAACAUGUUUCUAAAGUGUAUGGAAGCCAGUUGCUAUCUGACACAUCAAAUUAACAUUUUUCAGGAGCCUGAAAUGUUUAGUAUAUGACCUUGUUGUUUAAAAGUGGACGUUAUAAUCAUUCAGAGGGGAAAAAAACAUUUUAAAUCACUGAAGCAGUAGAUCUGUAUUUACAGUUUUAAAAAUGCUUUAAAAAUGUUUCGCCAUAGUCUUUGUUUUUUCUUUGAGAUUCUGAUGCGAGUCCUCAUUUCCAAAUAUGCGUUUGGAAUUUUGCCUUGGGUGCCGCUGAAGCCAAAGGUGUUUCUGUACAUUUUUGUUUUUCUUGUCACCUAUAGUCAAUAUUUUUUUCUGUCCCACUAUAUUUUUAUACGGUACUUUAUUAAUGACACAUGUAGAGCGUUCUCUUUAAUUUCUAGUUAUUUUCUGUCGUCUGCUGUUGUUUCUAGUGGGUGUUCGGUGUUAUUCAUUUUAAAAGACAAUUGCAACAAUGCGCAAAGUGAACCAUAAAUAAAUAAAUAAAUAAAUAACAAAACAAUGAUAAUGUCAGUUUUUUGUUUUUUUUUUGCAAAAAAAAUAUUUCAAGUGUGCGCGAAUACACGCACACAAAAAAUAAAUAAGUGCGCAUGGUAAAUGAAAGCACAUCUUCUUUAUGAAGAUAAAUUAAGCACAUCUUCUUUAUGAUGAGUUCCGCAAGUAAUUUCCGGGUGACACUGUAUAGUGAGCGCUUGUUGUUUUGUUACGGGGCUCCUCACACGGCCGGACACUGACAGAUAUUUGCAUGACCCAAGUUUGAGGGGUAAUGGUGGGGAAUGUUUGUGUGUGUAACCAGAGUUGUUCAGCAGCUCAUUAAUACAGUAAAUUAAAACUGCGACUGCAGAGAUAUUAAACAGGGUGUCAGAGUGUUCGAAAUAGCCUAGAGAGCAAUGGAUCGCGCGGUCAGCCAUGUUUAUUUAUGACCACACUGAAUAGUGUUCGGCUGACGGUGCGAUGCGCUCUCGACUUCUUCUUUUUUGUUCUAAUAUACAUUUAAAUCAUCGGCAUUUGGACAUUUAUGAAUCGUUCAUGUCCAAAUUGUGAGCGUUGGCGGCAAUAUUUUUGGGCAAAUAUGAGUGUUUGCCGUCAAAUGUCAAUAAUAUGUGAAUAAAUAAUAAUAAAACUGUGGCGGUGGGAAGGGCGAGUCGGCACAUAUUGGCAGACAUGCUUCUCUCAUGUCACUGCUGACCACUGAUGUGGUCCGGCUGAAAUUCAGAUGCUGGAUCCGGAAGUUAGUAAUGCGCAGGGAUGCUAAUUUUUUUUAUUUUAUUGUUGUUAAAAUAGUCUGAAGUUAGCAUAGUAAUUUGACAUUUGACCGGUGCAAUGCAUUGCUUCUCAUACAUUAUGGAGUGUAUGGGAAACAUUUCACUGUAUAUUUGUUUCACAUAAAUUUAAAAGGAGCAGGAUUGAGCCCCUUUUUCACUUUUGCUGAACAAGGUUCAUGCAGCGAUGGACCAGCUCAGACAGUGACAGAUUAGACUGUGAUAAAGUGACGACAUCAUUGCGUGAUAAACGCUUGCGACAAUGUCACUUCAGUUUCGGUCUAAGUUGCGCAGCGCAUACGCUCCCCAGUAAAUGUAAGUUGGUAGACCUCAGGCAUGCGCGUCAGUACACAGCUGCGGCUCCAAACGUAGCUGACUGAAGUGCGUUGUGAGUCAGCUGUAAAACACAUGUAACUCACUUCCAGAACACUCUCACCUGCUGACAUCACUGGCAGGAAUAAGAAAAGAUCCCUCUGUCUCAACCUCUAUUUAGUUAGAUUUAAAGCAUUCUUUCUUGACAUUGAGGAUGGAAUGCAGCAAUGCACACCACAAACACUGCCAUCUCUACACUCACCAUUAUAGGUGUCGUGUGUGUCAUUGUCCCUUUCGUUCACCAGCCCCCUCCCUCACUUGCAUUACUUGCAAAUUACUCGGAAUGACGCCACACCCGAGUGUUCCAGCUACCGCUACCCAGUUUGACUAUUUGGGAAGAGAUGAAUGCGUCAAUAGCUUUUUCAAACCAGUGUGACUUGAUAGAGAUCCGGGGUGUUCCAAGUAAGGCCAACAGCAAUGUCCCAUUAGAAAAACAUUUUGUUAUUCAGUAUGUUACCAAAUCUUCAUCAUGAUCAUAACAAGUCAUUCCAUCUCUUCUUUCACAGGUUUACAAACAGCGGUAUCAUUGGAUUUUAUUUCUCUGUAUCCUGAAUUGUUUCCUCGAGUCCCUGCAGUUAGGAGCGCCAUGAAGGAGUGUUGGGGAGCAUUGGUGCUCUUCUUGAUACACUCUGUUGCUCCUGUCACAUCCGCCGAAACAGCACUUUAUUCAGUGAGGCUGGUGAAUGGUGAAACCGCCUGUGAAGGCAGAGUGGAGGUCUACAAAGACGGCCAGUGGGGAACCGUGUGUGACGACCACUGGGAUAUGAAAGAAGCUGAUGUGGUUUGCCGCCAAGCAGGCUGUGGCGAGGCAAAGACAGCAGCUAAAUCGGCGCUUUUCGGCAAAGGCAGCGGAGAGAUCUGGCUGCACAAUGUUGAGUGUGCUGGAACAGAGUCUUCCAUAUCAGGCUGUCGACACGGUGUUGGCAAACACAACUGUGACCACAGCAACGAUGCUGGCGUCAGAUGUCAAGGUCCACCCACAGCUGGUGCAGUGAGGCUGGUGAACGGUGAAACCACCUGUGAAGGCAGAGUGGAGGUCUACAAAGACGGCCAGUGGGGAACCGUGUGUGACGACCACUGGGAUAUGAAAGAAGCUGAUGUGGUUUGCCGCCAAGCAGGCUGUGGCAAGGCGAAGACAGCAGCUAAAUCGGCACUUUAUGGUAAAGGCAGCGGAGAGAUCUGGCUGCACAAUGUAGAGUGUGCUGGAACAGAGUCUUCCAUAUCAGGCUGUCGCCACGGUGUUGGCCAACACAACUGUGACCACAGCAAUGAUGCUGGCGUCAGCUGUCAAGGUCCACCCACAGCUGGUGCAAUGAGGCUGGUGAACGGUGAAACCGCCUGUGAAGGCAGAGUGGAGGUCUACAACGACGGCCAGUGGGGAACCGUGUGUGACGACCACUGGGAUAUGAAAGAAGCUGAUGUGGUUUGCCGCCAAGCAGGCUGUGGCAAGGCGAAAAAAGCAGAUAAAUCGGCACGUUUCGGUGAAGGCAGCGGAGAGAUCUGGCUGCACAAUGUAGAGUGUGCUGGAACAGAGUCUUCCAUAUCAAGCUGUCGACACGGUGUUGGCCAACACAACUGUGACCACAGCAACGAUGCUGGCGUCAGCUGUCAAGAUGUUGUCAAACCAGGUCCACCCACAGCUGGUGCAGUGAGGCUGGUGAAUGGUGAAACCGCCUGUGAAGGCAGAGUGGAGGUCUACAAAGACGGCCAGUGGGGAACCGUGUGUGACGACCACUGGGAUAUGAAAGAAGCUGGUGUGGUUUGCCGCCAAGCCGGCUGUGGCAAGGCGAAGACAGCAGCUAAAUCGGCACUUUUCGGCAAAGGCAGCGGAGAGAUCUGGCUGCACAAUGUAGAGUGUGCUGGAAUCGAGUCUUCCAUAUCAGGCUGUCGACACGGUGUUGGCCAACACAACUGUGACCACAGCAACGAUGCUGGCGUCAGAUGUCAAGAACCUGAUCCCCCUGGUACAUUGAGACUGGUGGACGGUAACAAUCGCUGCCAAGGCAGAGUGGAGAUUUUUUUAAAUGGUAAAUGGGGAACCGUAUGCGAUGACAGCUGGUCAAUGGAGGAUGCUCAGGUUGUCUGCCGACAGUUGGGCUGUGGCCCCGCAAUAAGAGCACCAAUUUCCAUGUGGUUUGGUAUGGGAAAAGAGAAUAUUUGGCUGGAUGAAGUUCACUGCCAAGGAACAGAGUCGUCUUUAAUGGAGUGUAAUAAACAGAUGGGAGUUCACGACUGCAAACACACUGAGGACGCCAGUGUUAUUUGCCAAGAUGAGCCAACUCUAGGAAUUACUGAUUUGAGGUUAGCGAACGGCAAAGAUCGAUGUCAAGGCAGAGUGGAGGUCCUCGUCAAUGGUCAAUGGGGAACAGUUUGUGGGAACCACUGGGGACUGGAGCAAGCUAUGGUGAUCUGUCGCCAGUUGAGCUGUGGCAAAGCUGUAUCUGCCCCAACCAAUGCCCAUUUCGGGGAGGGAGAAGGAGAAAUCUGGUUGAGUAAAGUCGAGUGCACAGGUGAAGAGUCGUGUUUGGGCAAAUGUAAAAGUCUACGUACCAAGGAACACAACUGCCAACACAGCGACGAUGCCAGUGUCGUGUGUCAAGGUAAAAGUCUUUGUUUGUACUUCAGCACUGGAAGAGCCUGGUUGGUUGAGCGUCUUUCUUUUUUGAAUGAGAAUGACAAAAGCAAUUUCACUGACUUUUACAACCCUUUUACAGCAAUACCUACCUUAAGUUCAAGUCUCAGGCUGAUGGGUGGAGAAAGAGAGUGCGAAGGUAGAGUGGAGAUCCUAUAUGGGAACUCAUGGGGAACCGUUUGUGAUGACCACUGGGGAAUGAACGAAGCUCAGGUGGUCUGCCGUCAGCUGGGCUGUGGUGAUGCAACAGAAGCACCAAUAUCUGCAUACUUUGGCGGAGGCAAUGGCGUGAUCCUUCUGGAUAACGUCGAGUGCACAGGAGAAGAAUCCGUUUUAACACUGUGCAGACAUUCUCCUGUUGGACACCACAACUGCAAACACAGUGAAGAUGCCAGCGUUGUUUGUGAAGACAAGCCAACCCCAGGAUCAAAGGUGAAACUGGUCGGCGGGAGCCACGAAUGUGAAGGCAGAGUGGAGAUUCAAAACAAAGGCAAAUGGGGAAGUGUUUGCGCUGAUGACUGGGGUCAGAAGGAGGCUGAGGUGGUCUGCAGACAGUUGGGCUGUGGCAAGGCCAAAAGUGAACAAACAUCUGCCCAGUUUGGUGAGAGCUCUGGGUCAAGGGUCAUGGACAACAUCGAGUGUACAGGAAUGGAAACAUCUUUAACACAUUGCAAACACACUGCUGCUGGAAAUGGAAAGUGCCAAGUGGAUAAAGAUGCCGUCGUUGUUUGUGAAGCCAAGUCAACUCCAGAAGCAAAAGUGAGGCUGGUCGGUGGGAGCAACGAAUGCGAAGGCAGGGUGGAGAUCAAAAACGGGAACGCCUGGGGAACGGUUUGUGAUGACGCCUGGGGACUGGCGGACGCGCAGGUGGUCUGUCAACAGUUGGGCUGCGGGAAAGCAAAAGGAGCGCCGACUAAAGCGCAGUUUGGAAAGGGCAGUGGACCAAUCUUGCUGGAUAAUGUUGAGUGCAAGGGCACAGAGUCAUCUUUGACACAAUGUAAACAUCAUGGCAUUGGAAAACACAACUGCAUACAUGAUGAAGACGCCAGCGCCAUUUGUGAAGCUAAGCCUGCACCAGGAUCAAAAGUGAGGCUGGUCGGUGGAAAACAUAAAUGUGAAGGCAGAGUGGAGGUCCAACACAAGGGCAGCUGGGGAACUGUUUGCAACAAAUACUGGGGACUGAAGGAAGCUGCAGUGGUCUGUCAACAGGUCGGCUGUGGAGCUGCAACUAGCGCAGAAACAUCAGCACAGUUUGGACCGAGCUCUGGGUCCAUCAUGCUGGAUGAUAUCGAGUGCUCAGGGGAAGAAUCGGAUUUAACGCAAUGCAAACAUACAGAUGAAGAUAAACACAGCUGUACAAAGGGUGAAGAUGCCAGCGUCACUUGUGAAGUUAAGCCGGCAACAGGAUCAAAAGUGAAGCUGGUUGGAGGAAGGAAUAAAUGUGAAGGCAGAGUGGAGGUCCUGCACGGGGACAGCUGGGGAACUGUCUGUAAGAAGGGCUGGGGACUGAACCAGGCCAAGGUGGUCUGUCGACAGGUGGGCUGUGGAGAGGCUACUAGUUCGGAAACAUCUGCACAGUUCGGCCCGAGCUCUGGAUCAAUCUUGCUGGACAAUAUUGAGUGCUCAGGGGACGAAUUGUCUUUAGCACUUUGCAAAGUGAAGGCUGAGGGAAAACACACCUGCAGCAAGGAUGAAGAUGCCGGAGUCACUUGUGAAGCUAAGCCAGCGCCAGGAUCAAAAGUGAAGCUGGUUGGAGGAAGGAAUAAAUGUGAAGGCAGAGUGGAGGUCCUGCACAAGGACCGCUGGGGAACUGUUUGCAAGAAAUAUUGGGGACUGAACGAGGCCAAGGUGGUCUGUCGACAGGUCGGCUGUGGAGACGCAACUAGUUCUGAAACAUCUGCACAGUUCGGUCCAAGCUCUGGAUCAAUCGUGCUGGACAAUAUUGAGUGCUCAGGGGACGAAUUGUCUUUAGCACUUUGCAAAGUGAAGGAUGAGGGAAAACACACCUGCAGCAAGGAUGAAGAUGCUGGAGUCACUUGUGAAGUUAAGCCGGCAACGGGAUCAAAAGUGAAGCUGGUCGGUGGAAAGAAUAAAUGUGAAGGCAGAGUGGAGGUCCUGCACGGGGACAGCUGGGGAACUGUCUGUAAGAAGGGCUGGGGACUGAACCAGGCCAAGGUGGUCUGUCGACAGGUCGGCUGUGGAGAGGCUACGAGUUCGGAAACAUCUGCACAGUUCGGCCCGAGCUCUGGAUCAAUCUUGCUGGACAAUAUUGAGUGCUCAGGCGACGAAUCAUCUUUAGCACUUUGCAAAGUGAAGGCUGAGGGAAAACACACCUGCAGCAAGGAUGAAGAUGCUGGAGUCACUUGUGAAGUGAAGCCUGCGCCAGGAUCAAAAGUGAAGCUGGUUGGAGGAAAGAAUAAAUGUGAAGGCAGAGUGGAGGUCCUGCACAAGGACCGCUGGGGAACUGUUUGCAAGAAAUAUUGGGGACUGAACGAGGCAAAGGUGGUCUGUCGACAGGUGGGCUGUGGAGACGCAACUAGUUCUGAAACAUCUGUGCAGUUUGGUCCGAGCUCUGGAUCAUUCGUGCUGGAUGAUAUUCAGUGCUCAGGGGACGAAUUGUCUCUAACACACUGCCUACAUAAGGAUGAGGGCAAACACAGGUGCUCCAAGGGUGAAGAUGCCGGAGUCACUUGUGAAGUUAAGCCGGCAACAGGAUCAAAAGUGAAGCUGGUUGGAGGAAGGAAUAAAUGUGAAGGCAGAGUGGAGGUCCUGCACGAGGACAGCUGGGGAACUGUCUGUAAGAAGGGCUGGGGACUGAACCAGGCCAAGGUGGUCUGUCGACAGGUGGGCUGUGGAGAGGCUACUAGUUCGGAAACAUCUGCACAGUUCGGCCCGAGCUCUGGAUCAAUCUUGCUGGACGAUAUUGAGUGCUCAGGGGACGAAUCAUCUUUAGCACUUUGCAAAGUGAAGGCUGAGGGAAAACACACCUGCAACAAGGGUGAAGAUGCCGGAGUCACUUGUGAAGUGAAGCCUGCGCCAGGAUCAAAAGUGAAGCUGGUUGGAGGAAAGAAUAAAUGUGAAGGCAGAGUGGAGGUCCUGCACAAGGACAGCUGGGGAACUGUUUGCAAGAAAGACUGGGGACUGAACGAGGCCAGGGUGGUCUGUCGACAGGUGGGCUGUGGCAAAGCAACCAGCGCUGAAACAUCUGCACAGUUCAGUCCAAGCUCUGGAUCCAUCUUGCUGGACAAAAUUGUCUGCUCAGGCCACGAAUCGUCUUUAUCUCUUUGCAAACUUAAUGAUGAGGGAAAACACAGCUGCUCCAAGGGUGAAGAUGCCGGAGUCACUUGUGAAGAUGAGAUAACCUUAUCCGGAAAUGUGAGGCUGGUGGGAGGCAAACAUGGCUGUGAAGGCCGAGUGGAGCUCCAAUACGGGGACAGUUGGGGAUGCGUUUGUGACGACUUCUGGGGAAUUAAGGACGCUCAGGUGGUCUGUCAACAAGUGGGCUGUGGCGACGCGAUAAGCCCUCAGACUGGAGGACGCUUUGGACAGGGCACUGGAUUGAUCUUGCUGGAUAAUGUGAAUUGCGAGGGAACAGAAUCAUCUUUAGCACAAUGUAAACAUGGUGGCGUUGGAAUCCACAACUGCCGUCUAAAAGAAGCUGCAGGCGUCGUAUGUGGCGUCAAACUAAAUCCAGAAGCCAAAGUGAGGCUGGUGGGAGGUAGCCAUGAAUGCGAAGGCCGAGUGGAGCUCCAAUACGGGAACAGUUGGGGAACAGUUUGCGACGACUUCUGGGGAUUUGAUGACGCUCAGGUGGUGUGUCGACAGUUGGGCUGCGGCGAAGCUGUAAACGCACAGACUGACGGACGCUUCGGACCAGGCACUGGACUGAUCUUGCUGGAUAAUGUCAAAUGUGCUGGGACAGAAUCGUAUUUAGCACAGUGCAAACAUGCCGGUGCUGGAAAAAGCAACUGCCGUCACAAAGAAGAUGCCGGCGUCAUCUGUGGACGCAAACUAGACUUGACCGGAAACAUUAGGCUGGCCGGAGGAAGCAAUGAAUGUGAAGGCCGAGUGGAGCUCCAAUACGGGGACCAGUGGGGAACUGUUUGUGACGACUUCUGGGGUAUUGAGGACGCUCAGGUGGUGUGUCGUCAGUUGGGCUGCGGAGAAGUGAAGACCGCAAAAACUGUAGUAAGCUUUGGUCCUGGCUCUGGUGUCAUCCUGCUGGAUAAUGUCAAAUGUGAAGGAACAGAAUCGUCCUUAACACAAUGUAAACAUGGUGGAGUUGGAAAGCACAACUGCCGUGCCAAAGAAGCUGUUGGCAUCAUAUGUACACCCAAGACAACCCUAACUGGAAACGUGAGGUUGGCGGGGGGCAGCCAUGAAUGUGAAGGCCGAGUCGAGCUCCAAUACGGGGACCAGUGGGGCACUGUUUGUGACGACUUCUGGGGAAUUAAGGACGCCCAGGUGGUGUGUCGUCAGUUGGGCUGUGGAGAAGUGAAGGCCGCAAAAACUGUAGCAAGCUUUGGUCCUGGCUCUGGUGUCAUCCUGCUGGAUAAUGUCAAUUGUGAAGGAACUGAAUCGUCUUUGACGCAAUGCAAACAUGGUGGAGUUGGAAAGCACAACUGCCGUGCCAAAGAAGCUGUUGGCAUCACAUGCACACGUGGAGAUGCAGGAGACCCAGUGAGACUGGUUGGUAUGGACAGCGAAUGUUCUGGCAGAGUGGAGGUUUUCCACGAUAAUCAAUGGGGCACAGUAUGCAAUGACUUCUGGGACAUCAAAGAUGCCAACGUGGUUUGCAGACAGUUGGGCUGUGGCAGUGCUGUAGCCGCAAUAAAGGAAGGGUCAUAUGAAAAAGGCACUGGGCUGAUCUGGUUGGAUAAUGUUCGCUGUCAAGGAGAUGAGAAGACCUUAACCGCAUGUACACAUGCUGGGUUUGGUAAACACAACUGUCGUCACAGAGAAGACGCAGGCGUCAUCUGUGGAGCUAAAUAUUACGUAUCCCAGGAUUCUGAGGUUUCCUGCCAAGCAAGCAUCCUGCAAGUCCGUGUUUCAGCUAAGGAUCUAGAGAGGGCUGGGUUGGACAAAAAUUCUGGUCGCAUGGCUCAGUCCACCUGCAACGCCCAUUCAUUUUCUGGUGAUUUAGUGGUGUAUCAAAUACCGAAGAGGGAAAAUGUUUGUGGAACUACAAUGACGAACAACGGCACACAUUUCAUUUACACAAACGUUCUGGUUUUCAAAUCCAUAAUUGGAUCAGAGGUGCAGAGUAUCCCAUUCUCCUGUGCUUAUCCUCUGAGAGCCAUAACCGCUCUGAAAAUUGCCGCCAGGUCUCUUCCAGAAAACGAUGGCCAAACGGCGGCGGAAGGAAGUCAGCCUAAAGCCGAAAUGCUUGUAUACGAGAACAAAUGCGAGGGUCAGCCCCUCGCCGUCGGCACUGUCAAUUUCAUCCAUGAAAAACAAAUUUGCAUCCAAGUGACUUUGCCUGACAGUGUUCCAGUCCACAGUGGUGUUCUGCAUGAAUUAUAUGCAACUCAUUCUCCAAGCCCAAGUGCUGCUGAGAAGGACUACUACAUUGCCUCUCGGUGUCCAACUGACGGCUGGGACGUGGUGACAAUAAAGAAUGACGGGGUGCGUCAGGUCCAAGUCACCGGAGAGCUAGGAUCCGCUGAUGGAGUUGUGUACAUUCACGGCUUAGUGGGCCUGUGCAACAAAAACAGCCAGCAGUGUGCUCCAGAUUGCAGUGAAGGAGCUGCUCACUCGUCGGAUGACUUACAUGACCUCCCACUCAUCACCUUUGGACCAAUCGAGAUACGGCCCCAAAACCAAAAGUCCUGAUCCACGGAACAACAACAACAACCCACCAUCCAUCUGUUUUCUUCUUAUCGUAUUGGCACUACGCGGUUGUGAGGCACCUCAGCUCCAACGGCAUCAUCUAAGAAGAGAAUGCAUCAUUAAUUGAAACAAAUGUUACGUUCCUAACCAUCAAGGAUAAGAACGUUGUCAUCCGACUAUUUGUGCUGAAAGAAUCCUAGCUUUCUCAAUCACACUGGUUCAGAGCAGUAAUUAAUGAAGCCCUCCGAGUAUCCUAAAUGAAUGUAACCUUGCUACAGUUUGAUUCAUGUUUGAGAAUCUAUAUUUUGAUAUUUAUAUAUGAAUGAAUAUGUUUCCUGAGCUUACGUCUUUAUGUAUUUAUAUUUA